AUGUCGGGCAAACAGACGUACCGGGUGUGCUUCUGCUUCCAACGGCGGUUCAGGAUGGCAGCGGCAGAGGCACCGAAUGACGUGAAGGCAAUAUUCUUCAAGUACACGGCGGCGAACGGGUUCAUGACCGUGGAGCAGCUGCGGCGAUUCAUGGUGGAGGUGCAGAAGGAGGAGAACGCCACGCUGGAGGAUGCGCAGGCACACAUCGACGGGGUUAGCCACCUCCAUGAGCUCAAGCAUCUCACAUUGUUCCACCGCCGCGGCCUCAACCUCGAAGGAUUUUUCAAGUACUUGUUUGGCGAUGCUAAUCCGCCUCUCAAUCCUAAACUCAGGGUUCACCAUGAUAUGAAUGCUCCACUAUCUCAUUACUUCAUAUACACAGGCCACAAUUCAUAUCUAACAGGGAAUCAACUAAGUAGUGAUUGCAGUGAUAUACCAAUUAUUAAUGCAUUGCAUAGAGGUGUAAGAGUUAUCGAACUGGAUAUAUGGCCCAAUUCCACAAAAGACAACGUCGAGGUUCUUCAUGGGAGGACACUUACCACUCCGGUUAAACUCAUCAGAUGUUUGAGAUCUAUAAAGGAACAUGCUUUUGUAGCAUCUGAAUAUCCUGUUGUGAUUACACUUGAAGACCAUCUAACUCCCCACCUUCAAGCUAAAACAGCAGAGAUGAUAACCAAAACAUUUGGUGACAUGUUGUAUUCACCUGGUUCGGAAUGUUUGAGUGAGUUCCCAUCGCCCGAAUCUCUAAAGAGGAGGAUCAUUAUAUCAACCAAGCCACCCAAAGAAUACUUACAAGCCAAAGAUGCUAAGAUACAAGAGACUAGCUCAAAGAAGAGAAAGGAUGCUAGUAAACAAGAACCUUGGGGGAAUGAAAUCCAAAGUUUUGGAACUAAAACUAAUGUAAACAAGGUUGGUUGCUUAGAUAUGGAGUCCAAUGAAGAGGGCGAAGAAGAUUUCAAGUUGGACCAAUACGAGGCGCCCGAGUACAGGCGUCUAAUCGCAAUUCAUGCUGGAAAAGGGAGAGGUGGAAUGCAUGACUGGCUAAGAGUGGAGCCUAAUAAAGUCAGACGUCUUAGCUUGAGUGAGCAAGAGCUUGAAAAGGCCGUUGCAACUUAUACCCAGGAUAUCGUGAGAUUUACACAGCGGAAUUUACUGAGAGUGUACCCUAAAGGCAUACGUUUUGACUCAUCCAACUACAACCCCUUGAUUGGGUGGAUGCAUGGUGCUCAAAUGGUUGCGUUGAAUAUGCAAGGUUAUGGGAGAGCAUUGUGGUUGAUGCAUGGCAUGUUCAGGGCUAAUGGUGGUUGCGGAUAUGUAAAAAAACCAGAAUUUUUGUUGAAGGAUACCGAUGCGAUCUAUGAUUCAUUGCCUGUUAGAAUGACAUUGAAGGUGACUGUGUACAUGGGCGAAGGAUGGUUUUAUGACUUCAACCAUACAUACUUUGAUAACUAUUCUCCUCCUGAUUUCUAUGCAAGGGUGGGAAUUGCAGGAGUACCGGCUGACGUUGUAAUGAAGAAAACAAAAACGCUUGAUGAUAACUGGAUACCUAAUUGGGAUGAGGUGUUUCUGUUCCCACUAACGGUUCCUGAGCUCGCACUUCUUCGGGUUGAAGUUCACGAGCAUGACACAUCGGAGAAGGAUGACUUCGCAGGACAGACAUGCCUCCCUGUAUCAGAGCUGAGACAAGGCAUCCGAGCCGUUCCUCUUCACACCCGGAAGGGGGAACGCUACAAGUCCGUUAGGCUACUCAUGCGGUUCGAGUUAAUCUGAUCCGGUUAUAUUGUCUCUUGUUCUAUUUUGUAUGUGAUGAUAGUAUUUGAAUGCAUAAACAUGCUACUACAAAGAGGUGUCUUAGGGCAUCAAUAUUGUC